AAUUACUGCUGCCUUCACUCUGCUAUCUCUUCUCGCGGUAACGAUGGUACACUGUUAGCUUGCUAGCUAACCCCAUCGUUUCCAGGUUUCGUGUCGACCUGAAAAAAAAAAAGCAAACCAAGUGAGAAGCGGACAGACUACGCAGGUGAAUACUUUUUAAAUCCAGGCAGCACAGAGGAGCGGGACAAUGCCUCACAACUUCCAACCUGGAGACCUGGUCUUCGCUAAAAUGAAGGGGUACCCCCACUGGCCAGCCAGGAUUGAAGAUGUGGCAGAUGGGGCUGUGAAACCUCCACCUAAUAAAAUCCCAAUUUUCUUUUUUGGAACACAUGAAACAGCAUUCCUUGCAGCAAAAGACCUUUUUGCCUAUGAAAAGUACAGUGAACGCUACGGGAAGCCCAACAAACGGAAGGGAUUCAAUGAAGGUUUAUGGGAGAUCCAGAACAAUCCACAUGCCUCCUACAGUGCUCCACCGGCACCAGCCAGCUCUUCUGACAGUGAGAACAACAAUGCUGGAGGAGGAAGUGAUGAGGACGAGGACGAAGAAGUAGCUCCAGAGCCUCCGAAAGUGGAAUCUGGAAGUGAGGUUGACUCAGAUUCUGGGAGUGAGGACCAAGGAAAGGGAGUAGCGGUGAAGCGAAAGCCUCCUCCUGCUAAGCGGCCUCCGCCUUCAAAAAAGACACGAGGCUCAUCCAGUGACCGAGAACACGAGAGUGGAUCUCCCUCUGAAUCCGAACCUACACCUUCAGAGUCUGACUCCGGGAAGAACAGUGACCAGGACUUCACUCCAGAGAAGAAAUCUGGUGGACGAGUUGGAAAGAAAGCAGGAGGCAGAGGGAAGCAGAAGAAGGCCAUGUCUGGGUCAGACUCAGAGUCAGGAUCAGGUUCAGAGAAGAAAGCAGCAGACAGCGACUCAGAAGAUGAGAAGCCGCGACCAGCGCUGUCGGGUUCUGAUUCCCAGUCUGGCUCAAAGUCUGACUCAGACUCAGAUCCACCUCCCAGGAAGGGUCCUCAAGCACGUAAGAAAGAGAAGCCUGCACCAAAGCCUCGUGCACGGAAACCAAAACCUGCCCCAGCAAAACGAGCGCCUUCAUCAUCCUCGGACAGCGACAGUGACAGUGAAACUGACCACAUCAGUGAAUGGAAGAAACGAGACGAGGAGCGCAAACGAGAGCUGGAGGAGCGCCGGAAAAAGGAGGAGGCAGAGGAGCUCCGCAGGUUACGCGAGAGAGAGAAGGAGGAGGAUGAGCAAAAAAAAAGAGACAAGGAUAAAGGUAAAAAAGGGAGCGACAGUGACAACAGCAGUAGCUCAGACGAAGGUGUAGACGAUCACCCGUUAAAGAAGUCCAAAAAACCUCCUCCACCCCCCAUCCCUGCGCCGUCAGACUCUGAUUCUCCACCACCAGCUGAGGCAAAGAAACCAAGCAAGAAGCCAGAUCAGCAGAAGAAGGCAAGAAUAAAGAAAGAGAAGGAGAGGAAAGAAAGAAAGGAUAAAGAGCUAAAAGAUAAGAAAGCCAGGCGGUCAGAGGAGAAGUCUAGAGCCAGGUCUAAGCCUGAAAAACCCAAACGCAAACCAGAGAGGCAGCCAGAGAAGAAAGUGGAAAAGAAAAAGGAGGCAACGCCAGAAGAGAAGCUACAGAAACUCCACACAGAUAUCAAGUUUGCACUCAAAGUGGACAACCCAGACAUAGAGCGGUGUCUAGAAGCCCUGGAAGAACUUGAGGCAGUGCCUGUCACCAGCCAAAUCCUCCAUAAGAACGCUGAAGUGAUUGCCACACUAAAGAAGAUUCGGCGGUAUAAAUCCAGCACUGCAGUCAUGGCAAAAGCCAGUGAGGUCUAUAACAAGUUAAAGCUUCGCUUUGUGGGCAAGGCGGAGAUGCCAGCCAAACCUAAAACAGACGGCCAGGAACCAGAAGAGGAUGAGAAGCAGACAGAAAACACAGACUCCACUCCAGUCAAUGGGGAAUCUGAAGAGAAAAAAGAUGAUAUGGAUGUAGAUGAAAAACCAAAAUCACCUGUCCAGGAGGAGAAUAAUGAUGACACAGCAUCAAGUCCAAACAGGUUGAGCCCAGACAGCCCCGCUGAACAGACUCACAUGUAUGAAGAGGCAGAAAACUCUAUCUCUGCAGAGACAGAGCCACCUGCUGUAGAGAGCUGAAUUAAAGACCCUUAACCACCACUGCAGUGGACCAAGUGCUAAAGAUGGUGGCCUCUUUGUUUGACUUCAUGCGAUGCUCCUGGGUCAACAACAUUGCAACAUACACCCGGCAUUUCCUAAUGUAUCUGUUACACCAAUGUCGAUGUUUUGGUCAUUCGUUGUACGAUGAUAUCAAACCAGAAGGCCCUGUUGCUCAGUUAUUUAUCACAACAAAAAGGACAAGCUAACUAGAUUGUGGCGCUGUGUUUCUGAAAUGUACUUUUUCUUUUAUACGACACUUGCCCGUCCUGGAUCCUCACUCUGACCCCCCCC